UACGAAGGGCAGUUCGCCUCCGGUCGCUGUCGCGUACGAACGGGUCUUCGUGUCUCUCUGCCGAAGCAACUCGCGCUACGCUCAUGUGUUAUUCUAUAUGCGGAGGUUCAGUGUUCGAAUUGUGUUACCGCAAUUCGCUUCGUGUCAUACCGUGAUGGAUAGUAAUUGAAAACGAUGCAGUUCCUGGCCAUGUGUGCUCAUCUGGAUUUGGACGAGUCGCCUUGGGAACAGAUUUUGCAACGAAUCUCCUGUUGAAGAUUGACGAUGAAUACGUGAAACUUUGAGUGUAGCCCGAAGAACAGUGUAUCGUAGACAGAUCAUACAAUAAUGCGUCGAAGUUGGAGAAAAGUUUUCAACAGAGGAGAAAGGAGAGGAUCGUUGAAGUCGGUGAGGUGAUUUAUCGGGUGCUGGUGUAAUGUCUUGGUGAAGCGAACCUCGAACGAGACAAAGAUGUGUUGCGCGGCUGGUGGCGUCACGUUAACCAGGUGCGGCGUGGUUUGCGGUAUCGCUGCGCUCGCUGCGUUGAGCACUGCGCUCCUGGGCCCUGCUUGGCUUCACACCGAGGAGAAACUGAAUCUCCCUUAUUUGCCACGGAACGUGGCGAACAGCGUCAGCGUCCGAUUCAUGCUGGGUCUCUUCAGGGUCUGCCCGAAGAUCGUGAAGCCUGCCAACUUGACGGCCCGUAUGCCCAUAGUCCACUGCACUUACGUGAGGUACAGCAGCCUGGAGGACGUGAGAUCGCAGGAGCUGGGACUGCCACAGUUAGAGUUCACUCCCACCGUCGUAUCGAAAAUAAGAAUUUCAGCACCGUUCCAAGUGGUUGCCGUGGCUCUGGUACUGGCUGCCACAAUUUCAGCUUUAAUUGGACAUUGCUAUUCGGAUCAUAGAACUCUGGUUGCCUGCGGAUUAUUCCUACUCAGUGGACUCUCGUUAGGCGGCGGUCUGAUAGUCCUGGCGUCGGCUCUAUCGGACGCAUCCCUGGAGUUGCCGGGAAAGUACAGUCUGCCAUCCACGUCGAGUAUGCAGGAGGCCGAUGACAACGGUUUACCGCAGUAUCAGUACGGCUGGUGUCUUCAAUUAUCCGGACUGGCCCUAAUCUUGGCGGAAGUCGCGGCCGUUUUAACCAUGUCUGGCUACAUGGCCCGUUUCUCGACGGUGGAGGAAAUGGUGAGAGUCAUGGUACCAGGUGCGGAGAGAAAAUUGCGAGAACAAAGGGGAUUGAGCUCGGAAUACUUGGUCAGAGCUCAUCAGAAAUCCCCUGGACCUCCACAGGCAAGAGGAUUCGGUCAAACCUCGAAGACUACUCAAAGAGCGCCGGAAGAAGGUACGUCCCUCCUGUGCAAAACAGCGCCUGACAUAUGCGCGUCCAACCCACAGGCGAUAAGCUACGUUGAUAAAGCAGAUCUCUCCCAUGUUCUACCGGCGUAUCCGGACACGAAGAGCGCGGAUCCUCGUUAUACCUUCGGCGACAAAUCAGAGGCGAACAUUGUUGACUCUCGAUUAAGCGGGUUCGCUGAUAAAGAAGGUUUGAUCGAUUCCCGGAUUCUGUCCGACUCGAGACAGAACAUGAUCGCCUUCACCGAGGGCAAAGAACAUACCGUCGGCCAGGAGCCACGGUACACCGAAUUCACGCCGAGGACCACCGAGCAAAACGUGGUGGACUCAAGACUGAGCGGAUUCACCGAGAAGGAAGGUCUCCUCGACUCGAGACUCGGUAACUACGGAGAGAAGAACAACGAAUCCUUGCUGGACACGCCGUUCGGUUACGACACCAGGUACAACAGUUUGGCGGGGCAGACGGUGCCGAUCACCCUGAAGAAUCAGAACACUUCCGUCUCGGCGAUUCAAUCACAAUACAUCUAUCAGAACUUCGGUACGAUACACUCCGGCAUUCUGAGGGUGUCCGAGCCGGGAACGAGCUCCAGUUCGAACUCUAGCCAGAGAAGCAUGACGCUUCAGAACCCGAAGAGGAAAUCACAGAUCGCUCAGAACACGUUCAGCACGAUGGAGUGCGAAAAGAGGAAACGUGGACCGGGGCUCGCCGGGAAGACCGGGUUCUACACCGGCAGCGCCGUAUGACCCCCGCCACCACCUCCGACGCCCAGGUAACUGCAAGAGGAGGAAACGCCACUUUAAUCCCUGAUAACGCAGGGACGAAGACGAACGAGUGGCGUGCGACCUGAUUCGUCGGAGGGAUUUUACUCUAUGCGGCGAUCGUAAAAAAAUCUUCGGUAUCUCCGAUAGGGAUACAUGGAUCUCUGAUGCGUCUGCUAUUACAUUGGUAGAAUCCGAUAAAUGUUCGGCUGUCCUGUGAGAGGAUGAUAUCUAAUAAUACAUAGAUCGUACAGUUUCAUGCAGUUUUGUUGGCAAACAAAUUAAAGAUUUGUGAAUAGGGUGCUGAUCGAUCACACAGGACAUGGAUAGAAUUGUACAUACAGUUGCUAAUGAUUAGGAUUAAACGACAAGAUCUUUCUACGCGAAACGAAUUUUUUUAACGUUUCGUAAACCGUGUCACAUAGUCGUUGUAAGAGUCGGCAUGUUAAUCGAUAAAAUAAGAUGGAACAGAAACAGGAUUCGUGGUAGCAUGCGUAAACUAGGUGUAGCGUUAAGUGGUAUACUUAUUAAAGAGGAUUAAAGUACAGGCUCGAUUUUACCGAGGAAUUUAUACUUGUGACGUCAGGUUUGAUGUUUCUUUGCGUGCCAAUAUACACUUAACUUUUUUACUCUAAGACAAAUAAUGUUCAAUACACGGUUCUCAUUGAAUAUCAAUAUUCCCUAAAUUGUUUUGUAAAUAAGAGCGAGUACAGUCGUCCACGGUGAAGAUUGGAUCGACUUGAAUCUAUUAAGAACAGGGAGAAUAUUAAUGUAGUCGAUAUGGUGUAACGUGUAACUCAGUGGUCACAGAUGCUCGAUCGGGCGUGAACUCGUAUGACCAUUUCUAGAGUCGAGAGAAUGUCGUGACUAAUGAAAAAACAUAAUUCGAACAACAAGUGAAAUUUAUCAUAGAAACGGAUCAUCGACAUGAAGCACAAUAAAUGAUAAACGGAUUUAGAGUACAAACAAUUUUCUUACCGCUGUUAAAAAAUGUACUGUGUCAUUCGCUUGACUGCGUAUGAUUUUUUAUCGUUUUCUAUCGAUGGUAAUUUAUCCGUGGCAAAUUGUGUUCACCCGAUCUUGGACAUAUCAAGGUUUUUUAAACUGACGACCGGAAAUCGUGACUAAAAACUCUCUUCCCGUUUCCUGCUCCGUGAGGGUCGAGAAUAUUUUAACGUCUCUGAGAAACCAACAGGGUUUCCAUCCCUCGAACCGGUUCGUACGUUGUUGUGUAUGUAACUUCGCGACUUAUAUUAAUCUAUACAGAUUGUAGGUAAAUGUAAUAAAAUGUUUCUUUUCUAAA